CGCGCGUUCUGGGGAUUCUACUUGGAGACUGAGAGGAACACUUUACCGUUUCAUCCUGCACAGUUGAAGGCAGCUGGCUUGUUUUUUGCUUCCUCGGACCCACUUGCAGAAACGGCACUCUUCCCGGGAGUCUGACAGAAACGUGUGCGUAGAGACAUUCCAAUCGUUUUUACGCACGGGAGCAAACGAGAUUUUAUUUGCACUUCUCUCAGCUGAUAGAAUCUGAUCAUCUUGGCAAGGUAAAGUCUAAUUGAGAGGCUUUUCCUUGCGCGAGGCAUCAGACAGAACUCCCCCGUUUCACGCGUAAUUUGGCACCAACCCGUUUUUCGUAUGAAUCUCCUCGACCCUUAUCUGAAAAUGACGGAGGAACAAGACAAGUGUCUCUCUGACGCCCCGAGCCCGAGCAUGUCCGAGGACUCCGCGGGCUCCCCGUGCCCCUCAGGCUCGAGCUCCGACACAGAGAACACGCGACCCUCAGAGAACGGGCUGCUCGGUGUGGAUGGAGACUUCAAGAAGGAGGAGGACGAUAAGUUUCCCGCGUGCAUCCGCGAUGCCGUGUCCCAGGUGCUCAAGGGCUACGACUGGACCCUUGUGCCCAUGCCAGUGCGCGUAAACGGAUCUUCUAAGAACAAGCCUCACGUGAAGAGACCCAUGAACGCUUUCAUGGUGUGGGCUCAGGCUGCGCGCAGGAAGCUGGCAGAUCAGUACCCACACCUGCAUAACGCAGAGCUCAGCAAAACUCUGGGGAAACUCUGGAGACUUCUCAAUGAAGGAGAGAAGAGGCCGUUUGUGGAGGAGGCUGAGCGACUCCGCGUGCAGCACAAGAAGGAUCACCCGGACUACAAGUACCAGCCCCGGCGGAGGAAGUCUGUGAAGAACGGACAGAGCGACGCGGAGGACGGCAGCGAGCAGACGCACAUCUCCCCCAACGCAAUAUUCAAAGCUCUCCAGCAGGCGGACUCUCCAGCCUCCAGCAUGGGAGAGGUGCACUCUCCGGGCGAGCACUCAGGCUCCCAGGGGCCUCCUACCCCCCCCACCACCCCAAAGACAGAUGUCAGCUCAGGCAAGAUGGACCUGAAGCGUGAAGGCGGGCUCCGAUCCCUGCCGGACGGACGCCAGCUCAACAUAGACUUCCGUGACGUGGACAUCGGCGAGCUGAGCAGUGACGUCAUCUCCCACAUCGAGACGUUCGACGUCAACGAGUUCGACCAGUACCUCCCCCCCAACGGCCACCCCGCCAUCCCUGGCAGUGCCACGCCGGUCACCUACACCGGCAGCUACAGCAUCAGCAGCGGGGGCCCGGUGAGCCCACAGGCUGCGGGGGCCGCGGCGGCAUGGCUGGCCAAGAGCCAAAACCAGCAGCACUCUCUGGCCCCCCUCAGCGGCGGGGGUGCAGAGGUGGCGCAGAGGACCCAGAUCAAGACGGAGCAGCUGAGCCCGAGCCACUACACCGAGCAGCAGGGCUCCCCGCAGCACGCCGCCUUCAGCCCCUUCAACCUGCAGCACUACAGCCCCCCCGCCUCCACCUACCCGGCCAUCUCCAGGGCGCAGCAGUACGACUACUCCGAUCACCAGGGUGGGGGCACCGCCGCCUACUACAGCCACGCUGGGGCAGGGCAGGGCUCGGGGCUGUACUCGACUUUCAGCUACAUGAGCGGCAGCAGCCAGAGGCCGAUGUACACGCCCAUCGCCGACAACGCGGGGGUGCCGUCCAUCCCGCAGAGCGGCCCCCAGCACUGGGAGCCGGCACCGGUCUACACCCAGCUCACCAGACCCUGAACACUUUGCUGCAGGGGAGAGGGGGCUCCCUGAAUCAGACACUUGAAGCGUAGGACAGCUGGACUUGUGAUUGGCUCACGCCGUGCCUUGCUAUCCUGAUAGAAACUAUAAAUAUAUUUUUAGAGAGAUGAUAGAAAACGAAUCCUCUGUGAGGACUUAUCCAUUGUUGGUAUUUCCGUAGGUACUGUGUAUGUUUCUUUUAUUUCUCCUUGCAGUUUGUAACCCCUGGGGGAGGGGGGGGGGGGAGGUCAUGAUUUGUACCUGUAGAUAAACACAAAGCUUUAUAUUUCAAACGUCUGUCCCUUCUCUCUGUGCCAGUCAGCGAGUAUGGUUUGUAUUUAAGCCGUUGAUUUGUUUUCUCAAAAAUUGUGUCAUGAUCCUCCGAAAAAGUGAUUAAGCAACACCGAGAGAGAGAUUUCACAAUGCCAUUUUUUAAAAAAAGGGGGGGGGGGGACUGCAGCCCUUUCCACCAGCCGUGCCUUGGAUUUUUUACAUUUUCUCCAAACUUUUUUGUAUGUGUGUGUGUGUGUGUGUGUGUGUGUGAUGGCCACAGCUGAGAUUACACUUACCGACCAACAGCGUGUGUUUGACAGCUACAGGAAGUCACCUUUGACCCGCCCACCCCCCCUCUGCAGUCUCCCACCAUGCUGGUCACCCUUCCCCCUCUCAAACCCAGUUAAAACUUUAUUUAUUUAUUAGCUUUAAUUUUAUUUCAAAGUAAUUAUUUUGCAUACUAUUCUCAUAACUAAUUAAAUGUUGUUUUUUGCAGUUUAGAUUGCAUAUAAUUCCCCCCCAACCCAGGGGGUUCUUAAAACGAAAUGGUACACGCUGUAAUCGUCUUUUUAUUGUUUAUUUAUCUUAUCUAAAUGUCUAUUUUAAGUAUGCCUUUUUCCGAGGGUCUGGGAGGGGGGGCGAGGGGGGGGCUAUCUAACGAAAUGUGUACCGAUUAUUUGUUAUUUGAGUUGGACUUUAAACUAUGGCUGGAAGAACUGGAAGUUCAGUUUUAAACUUUGUGUUUCGAUCACCAGAAGGACCGUCCUUUCUUUCUGCUCCGAUUCCCCGUCUCCUAAUAUCAAAAAUGUUCCCAAUUCUAUUUUUAUUCCUCCUUCUGUGAUCUCGCCAUGUAUUUGUACUGUCUUUAAAGAAUCUUUUGUAUAUGUAUUUGCAAUAAAAGAAGAAAAUGCGAUUAAAAACAGAA